CGGAAGGCAGGGGCGUUCGGUCCCUUCAAGUGUGCUGCGGGGUGUCUGGGGAUCCGCGGCUCAAGCUGAAGCCGGGGGCGCGGGCUCUUCCCCCCCUCCAGGAUGAGGUGGGCGCGCGCGGCCGUGGAGCAGCUGUGCCAGCGCGCGCGCCGGGUGGACGCUCGGCGCGAGCGCUGCCGCCAGUACCCUUUGUUUUGCUGUAUCCUUUUGGGGUUCAGUGUGGCAACGCUCCUGCUCAGCCGGUAUCGUCACAUCUUAAUGAUCUUCUGGUCUUUUGUGGCGGGAGUUGUAACAUUCUAUUGUUACUUAGGACCAGAUACCCUCUUACCAAAUAUUCUGCUUACAAUAAAACAUAAAUCCAAGCAAUUAAAAUUGCAAGAACAGUGUUCCCAGAAUGACAGUUGUGCUAUAUGUGAAGAUAUCAAAUGUAAUAGGCAUGGACCUGCAUCACUGCUAGAAGAUUAUCGCCCUUGGUUGGGGCUGAAAGUUCCUUCUAAAGUUGAUGCUUCCCUAUCAGAGAUGUUUGAGCUAGUUCUAGAAAACUUUGUUUAUCCCUGGUACAGAGAUGUAACUGAUGAUGAAUCAUCUGUGGAUGAACUGAGAGUAACAUUACGAUUUUUCGCAUCUGUGUUAAUUCGCAGAAUUUACAAGGUGAAUAUUCCAACUGUUAUAACAAAAAAAAUGCUGAAGGCAGCAAUGAAGCACAUAGAAGUAAUAGCUAAAGCUAGGCAGAAAGUAAAAAAUACAGAAUAUUUACAGCAAGCAGCUUUAGAAGAAUAUGGACCAGCACUCCACGUGGCUUUGAGAAGUAGAAGAGAUGAACUCAAUUAUUUAAGAAAACUUACUGAACUUCUUUUUUCCUAUAUUCUGCUUCCAAAAGCAACAGACUGCGGGCCAUUCACCUUACUCAUAAGAGAAAUCCUAUCGGGUUCUGUUUUCCUUCCCUCUAUGGACUACUUAGCUGAUCCGGAUACUGUGAACCACUUGCUACUUAUCUUCAUUGACGAUAGUCCACCUGAAAAAGCAACAGAACCUGCUUCAGCUUUGGUUCCUUUCUUGCAGAAGUUUGCAGAACCUAGAAACAAGAAAUCUUCUGCCUUGUACUUUGAACUGAAAGAAUUUGGAGACAAGCAGGAUCUUUUCUUUCUAUUUAUGAGUUUUUUGAAGAAAGAAGGCGCAGUACAUGUAUUACAGUUUUACCUGGAGUUAGAGCAAUUUAAUAAUAGAAUUUUGCAGGCCGAGUUAUCAGAUUCUGAGAAAAUGUCCCUUCAUGAAGAAGUCAAGAAAAUCUAUGAAACAUAUUGCUUAGAUGAAAGCGUUGACAAAAUUAAAUUUGAUCCUUUCAUUGUGGAAGAGAUACAAAGUAUUGCUGAAGGCCCCUAUGUAGAAGUUGUGAAGCUGCAAAAAAUGCGGUGUUUCUUUGAAGCCUAUGAACAAGUUUUCUCACUCUUAGAGAGUGUCUUCAUACCCAAAUUCUGCCAUACAUAUGAGUAUUUCAAGUACCUCUUUCAAGAAGUUGAAUCCCCAACACGCAAUUCCAAGUCAAACAAAAGCAUGCAUAGAAGAGGAGAAUCAUCUGGAAUCAGAAGUAUAAGCAGCAAAAUUAAAGGAGUAUUCAAGAGUACUACAAUGGAAGGGGCUGUGCUACCCAACUAUCUCCUUGCUGAAGGAGAGGAUGAUUUUAUUGAAGAAGGCAUUAUGGUAAUGGAAGACGAUUCACCUGUGGAGGCACUUAGCAUGCCUAAUACACCUCGCAAUCUUGCUGCUUGGAAAAUUACCAUUCCUUAUGUUGACUUUUUUGAAGACCCCUCACUUGAAAAGAAAGAAAGGAGAGAGAGAAUUCCUGUAUUUUGCAUUGAUGUGGAAAGGAAUGACAGAAUGGCACUUGGGCAUAAACCUGAGCACUGGUCAGUCUAUAGAAGAUAUCUUGAGUUUUAUGCUCUUGAAUCAAAACUAACAGAAUUUCAUGGUACAUUCCCUGAUGCUCAGCUUCCUUCGAAGAGGAUUAUUGGACCAAAGAAUUAUGAAUUCUUAAAGUCAAAGAGAGAGGAAUUUCAAGAAUACCUUCAGAAACUUUCACAACAUCCAGAGUUAAGCAACAGCCAACUUUUGGCUGACUUCUUAUCCCGCAAUGGUGGAGAGACACAGUUUCUUGAUAAAAUAUUGCCUGAUGUAAAUUUAGGUAAAAUCAUAAAAUCUGUUCCUGGAAAACUAAUGAAAGAGAAAGGCCAGCACUUGGAACCAUUCAUUAUAAAUUUUAUUAAUUCCUGUGAGUCUCCCAAGCCUAAACCAAGUAAACCAGAAAUUACUAUUCUCAGUCCUACUUCUGAAAACAACAAAAAGCUUUUUAAUGAACUCUAUAAAAACAAUGCAAACCGCUCUGAGAAUUUAGAAAGAAGACAAAAUCAGAACUAUUUCUUGAAAAUGAUGACGGUUGAAGGAGUAUAUGACUACUUAAUGUAUAUUGCUAGAGUUGUUUUCCAUAUUCCUGAUUGGUUCCAUCACAUCUUGAUGGGAGGAAGGAUUCUCUUCAAAAACACUUUAGAAAAGUAUACAGACAACUACUUGCAGUACAAACUAGAACAGCUCUUUCAGGAACACCGACUGGUCUCACUGAUAACACUUCUCAGAGAUGCUGUGUUUUGUGAGAAUUCUCAACCUCGUUCUCUCCAAGAUAAGCACAAACGGGCAAAGCAGACCUUUGAAGAAAUGAUGAAAUACAUUCCAGAUCUAAUAGGUAAAUGUAUUGGGGAAGAUGCCAAAUAUGAAGGCAUAAGACUUCUGUUUGAUGGAUUGCAACAGCCAGUACUUAACAAACAGUUAACGUAUGUCCUACUGGAUAUUGGGAUUCAGGAACUAUUUCCAGAGUUGAACGGUUGAAAAGAAUGGUUCCACUAUAUUAUCAAGAACAUAUACACAUCAAAAUACUGAAUUAACUCUGUUUCAUAGAUGACUGCUGUGUGCUAAUUUAAUAACUAGGUUAUUUGUGUAGUCUUGUAUAUUUGUUUGUAUAUAUAAUUAACCUUGAUUUCAGGAAAAAAAAACUUUUACUCAAGAAAGAUUGAUUAAAGCCUAUUGUUGAUUGAA